AUGCUGAAGAGUAGGAAAGCCACCUUCAAGCCGAAAGCACAGCCAACGCGUAGACCUGGCGCGCCUCCUCCCACCCAGUCAUCAACCCGCCCAAGCGUCGAACCUCAAUUGUCAACUCCAGCGCCCGAGACAAAUACUCGAAAUGGCCUGCCCUCAACGAGCGGAACUGCAACUGAAUUGUCACCGGCGGAGGCAAUUGCGCAGUCUGAGCCAUUCCAACCUGCUAUAGAGAAGGAAGCUCCUGUCACUAGUGAGCCAUUGCCCCAAAGGAGUUCAUCCCCACCAAAGAGAAAGGCGCGCGACGAUGUUGAUAAUGAACCACCAACAAAGCGAGUCGCUGUUGUACAGGACGAUGCUUCUUCCGGGAUUCAAUCAACUUCCCAAAAUGAAGUCCCUGAAGCAGCAAAGGAACCAGCUAUUUCAUCUACCAGUUCAGCCAAAGCAAAUGUACCCCGAAAUCUCUCAAAAGAGAGCACUACAAAUGGUGAGCAAGGGUCAAUUGUCAAUGAACCUCCGACGGCAGCGAUUCAAUCUGAUGUCGUUUCUGAAACGGAUCUUGUUCCGGCAGUCGAACAUGAGAAUCGACCAUCACUUCCAGUCGAGAGUACCAGUGAUAACGAUGAAGCCGAAACCCCGGAAGGCCGUAGCAUUCCAUACCCAACGCCUCCUCAGUCCUAUAAUGUCUCCGCUUCCCCUUUACCUGAUGGAGUCGAGCCAGAGUCCUCCGCGUCUGGGAACGUAAAUACUACAGUAACACCUACUGGAACGGGUCCGGAGCCAGAUGUUGCUGCCACCCGUCUAACAAACUCAGUCGAUGCGACGCCUUCCAUGGAUGAUACUGCCGCAUCGCGCAACGACACGGAAACUACAAAGAGAAAGAAAAAGACCACGAAGCGCAAAGUGCAGAGGAAAAAGAAGGGCGAUGAAUCUUCAGCUGCGAUCGAUUUGGAGUCGAAUGAGAUUGAAACUGCUACAGCACCAGCGAAGACAAAACGGAAGAGGGGUCCAACUAAGAAGAGAGCCAAGCGUGCGGAGACUCCUGAAAAUGCAGAGGACGAAGUUAUUGACGUUACGACCAUCAAGAUGGCAGAUUUAUGCAAGGACAUGGGGAUAGGAAAGAGAUUUAGCAAAGCGGGGUUGAUCAAAGAACGAAUGAUGAAGCAGAAAUUAGCAGUCAAGGAAGCCAGAUCAAGGAUUGAAGACGGAAAUCCAGUAGCAGGAGAGGAAACGGACCAAACAGGCCAGAGCAAAGCAGCAUCUCCCCCAGUGACCGGAAAUGUCGGGCUACAGAUGCGUGUUGUUGAUGGCCACAUUGUCUUGAACGAUGAGACUACACAAGUCAACCGACAAGAACGUUUCGAUCCAAACAGGAUACAAGAAGUUGUAGAAGAAGAUGAUUUUACAAGAGUCAUCACGUCUAGCAGCUUUAACAACAAAACGGCGGGAAAGCCACGAACACAGCAAUGGGACGAGAUAGAUACAGAAAUGUUCUAUAAAGGUCUACGAACCUGGGGAACAGAUUUCGAAACUAUCGCCAAGAUGUUUCCCCACCGAAACCGCCGCCAAAUCAAAAUGAAAUUCAACAAAGAAGAGCGCGACAACGGCGCUAAAGUGACUCGAAUAAUGAACGAACCUCGAGGCACCACCAAUCCGCAAGAAUCUCUCGCAGAGUUCCAAACUCUAUCCGGCAAAACGCUCGAAGAAGUCGUGGAUAUACAAGCGGAAUACGAACGCGUGCAAGCUGAACAUGAUGCUGAGCAGGCGAAACGCCUCCAGGAGAAGUUGGAUGCGGAUGCGAAGAAGAAGGCCGAGAUUGAAGCGAAGACGAAUAUGGCGCGUGAUAUGUUGGAUGAGGGUGAGGUACCUGAGGCUGCGAAGGAGAAUGCGGGGAGGAAGAGUACAGCGAGGAAGAGGACUGUUACGAAGAAGAAGAAGAAUAUGCAUAGUUCUGGGGGUGGGGAAACAAUGGAGGUGCUGGCUAGCAUUGAGAUUGAUUAG